UCAUGUUCAGAAUGUGGUAAAUGUUUUAACAAUAAUUCACAUCUUGUUGUACAUCAGAGAAUUCACACAGGAGAGAAGCCAUUUUCAUGCUCAGAAUGUGGGAAAUGUUUUAAGCAUAAAUCAACUCUUAUUAGACAUCAGAAUGUUCACACCGGGGAGACAACAUAUUCAUGUUCAGAAUGUGGGAAAUGUUUUAAGCAGAAAUCAGAACUUUUUAUACAUCAGAGAACUCACAAAGGGAAGAAGCCAUUUUCAUGUUCAGAAUGUGGGAAAUGUUUUACGGAUAAAACAGCUCUUAUUAGACAUCAGAGAGUUCACACAGGGGAGAAGCCAUUUUCAUGCUCAGAAUGUGGGAAAUGUUUUAAUCAGAAAUCAGUUCUUGAUAGACAUCAGAGAAUUCACACAGGGGAGAAGCCAUUUUCAUGUUCAGAAUGUGGGAAAUGUUUUAAUCAGAAAUCAGUUCUUGUUACACAUCAGAGAAGUCACACAGGAGAGAAGCCAUUUUCAUGCUUAGAAUGUGGUGAAUGUUUUAAGCGUAAAUCAAAUCUUGUUACACAUCAGAUAAUUCACACAGGAGAGAAGCCAUUUUCAUGCUCAGAAUGUGGGAAAUGUUUUAACCAGAAAGUAACUCUUGUUACACAGCAUAAAACUCACAGAGAGAAUCCAUCUCCAUGCUUAGCCCACUAGUGGCCA